UUAUUAGUGUAUAAAAAUUUAAUUCAUAUAGGAAAAGGAAAAGGACAAAAAAAAAACAGUGUAAAAAGUUCUUGGCUCACUCAAAUCGUUGAUGAAUCUUUCAAUUCUAUUUUAUAGCAAUUAUUCUAUGCUAAUUUUUUAACUUAAUUAUACUCUAUUCAUCAAAAUAAAAUAUAUGAUUCUCCUCCAGGAAAAUUAGAACUUUAUUUAUGACAUUCAAUUUUCUCUAGAAGUUUCCAUUUUGAGGACUAAAAUAAUAUUUUAAAAAGUAAGGAGUUAAAAGUUGACUGAAAAUUCAAUUGCAAGGGCAUUGUCGGAAAACGAAACCGAAGACUCAAUUAUUUUGACGUUUUACGUAACUCGCGAUUCCGGUCCACACAGAGACAGGUACAUCGGAGCUCUUGUCCUAAAAUCCCAGGUACGUCGGAGCUAUUGUCUAAUGCGAUCCCAUAGUUGAUUCGAAAACCACAUUUUGUUCUUCCUUUUAAAUCACAUCCCAAAAUUUUUAGUGCUACAUGAGUUUCAGAUUUUGAAGAUCAAUUUAUUUUCCUUUUAUAAUGCAAUCUAAAACCCCAAGCAUAGCGCCAGGAUUCAUCCUUUUCCCAACCCUAAAGCCCCCACACAAAACCCUAUUCUUCCACCAAAUCUUCGUCUUAAUCCUCACUUUCUUAGCCUACGCCUCUUUCCACGCUUCCCGUAAACCCCCCAGCAUUGUAAAAAGCGUCCUAGGACCCACAAUUCAAUCUAAUUCAAGCUCGAGCGACACUGGAUGGGCUCCGUUUAACGGGCCGGCAGGACCCCACCGGCUCGGUGAGCUUGAUCUUGCAUUUUUAUCAUCAUAUGCCGUAGGGAUGUAUUUUGCAGGACAUGUAGGUGAUAGGAUUGAUUUAAGGCUUUUUCUUGUGUUUGGAAUGAUGGGUAGUGGCCUUUUUACGAUAAUUUUCGGGUUUGCCUAUUGGUUUGAUGUUCAUUGGUUGGGUUAUUUUAUGGGAGUUCAAGCAGUAUCUGGGGUUUUUCAAUCUAUAGGUUGGCCUUGUGUGGUUGCUGUUGUGGGGAAUUGGUUUGGGAAAGAGAAGAGAGGGUUGAUUAUGGGGGUUUGGACUUCACAUACUUCUGUUGGGAAUAUUAUUGGUUCUGUUGUGGCUUCUGGGGUUUUGGAGUUUGGUUGGGGUUGGUCUUUUCUGGUGCCUGGAGUUUUGGUUAUUGUAGUUGGGGUUUUGGUUUUUUGUUUUUUAGUUGUAAGUCCUGAUGAUUUGGGGCUCGAAAUGAUGGCUCAUGGGAAGGAGAUUGAGAUGAAUGUGGAGGGAGAAGGUGUAGGGAAUUUAGAAAAAAUGGAGUCAGAGGAAGUCGGGCUGCUUGAGAACAAGGAUUCUGAUUCUUUGGCUGCCAUUGGAUUCUUGGAGGCAUGGAGGUUGCCAGGUGUGGCACCAUUUGCUUUCUGCCUGUUCUUCUCGAAGUUGGUGGCUUAUACAUUUCUGUAUUGGUUGCCCUUCUACAUAAGGCACACAGCUGUUGCGGGAGUGCAUUUGUCCCAUAAAACUGCUGGGAUCCUCUCUACAAUAUUCGAUAUUGGAGGAGUCUUUGGCGGGGUGAUGGCAGGUUUAAUUUCAGAUAUCAUUGAUGCUCGUGCAGUUACUUCGGUUACUUUCUUAUUACUAUCAAUUCCAGCACUCAUCUUGUACCGGGUUUAUGGAAGUGUCUCUAUGGUUACCAAUAUCACAUUGAUGUUUCUCUCUGGGUUGCUAGUGAAUGGCCCUUAUUCACUAAUUACAACAGCAGUUGCUGCUGAUCUUGGUACCCAGGACUUGAUUAAAGGAAACUCUCGUGCACUAGCUACAGUGACCGCAAUCAUCGAUGGUACUGGCUCUGUUGGGGCAGCUCUUGGGCCCCUUUUGGCUGGAUAUAUAUCCACUAGGGGUUGGAAUAGUGUAUUCGUGAUGCUUAUUGUUGCUAUAUUAUUUGCUAGUUUGUUCUUGAUUCGUGUCGCAAAAUCUGAGAUUGAAAGGAUGGUAAAUGAGGGGAAACGGCUUUGGAGUAGUGUUACUGCAAGUUGAUGUAGUUUCUCAAGGUAUCAACUGGAAGAAUAUAUGAUUAGGAUACAGCAUAUGAUGUAAAAUUUUUCUUUUCAUUAUACCUAUAUCUUGUAUAGUAUCUCAUUCUUUCAUACACAAAAUCUUCAAUUGACUUGCAGAUG